UUUUCAAACUAACUUACUAACUUACUAUGUACUAUGUAGAUUAGAAUAAUUAAAUUCACUAACAGGAAGCAUAAUCUAGGAAAUGUUGCUAUUUCAUUUUCUAUAGCCAAUAAAAUGCUGGACUGCUAUUCUCGAAGUGGAGACUCAACAUUUUAUAAAAGUAGAAUGUUUAGUUUAUUUUACGUUUAUUUUUCAUCUGUAUUCUAUGACCUUUAUGGGAAUGCCAUCCAAGUACAAACUAUGAGGCCAGGUCAGGUAAAUAAUUCCACUUCUCUCUGUCAUGAACCCUUCCCAUAUAAUAUGUUCCUUGCAAAUUUGAUUUUAAAAAUAUUUUAGUAUCUAAAUCCCUGAGUUCUGGAAUUAGAGGGUAACUAGUGUUAGUGGUAAUCGUGUAAUUCUCACUAAUUGAUACAGGGCCUUAAUGAAUUAUCUUAUUUUUCAGUGAAAAAGAUUCCAGCCCAAGCAGGCCAAGUGGAAGGUCAAAUUAACCCCUUGGAAAAGGGUUUAGAAAAGUUCUAUAACAAAGUUAUAAAUUUGAUGUGGCACAAUUGCAUGACAGUGAGUGAGUGUGGCAUAUACACAGCAUGUCGCUAAGGACUGAGCUUCUAAAGUCUGUGUGGUAUGCCUUUACAUCAUUGGAUACAGAGAAAAGUGGAAAAGUUUCCAAAUCCCAGCUUAAGCAUCAUGUGACAAGCCUCAGCCUCUGAAAAGUUUCUCUAAAAAAGAAACAAAGUAGCAAGGAUGAGACUCCGACUGCCAGAGAGACCUUUGGUGUUAAGAAAAGCAGAGAAUCAGCAGUUCUGACAUUAAAUACCAUUAUAGGGAAUUUGAGACCUUGCUAUAGCUGUGCUUAAAGGGAAAACUUGCCUCCUCCGACACCUAUUGAAGGAAUGCAUGUUUACUUGAACAUAAGCUGCUUACAAUAAGAACACGGAAAGGAAUGCUGGAAGGCUGUACACUUCCCCCACACGCAUUCCUAUCACCAAGAGUGACGUCAUUCUAUUCACAGGAAGUAGCAUCGCAGGAAGGAGGGGUGACGGAGCUCAUCAUUUAAAGAACUAAACAGUUUCACAUCACGUCACAUUGCUCACAGAUGAAAGAAGAAAUCCCACCUCGUUCUCCAAUCUUAGAUGAGCAGCCUUCCACCCCUCUGGAGCAUCAGGAGACAUCACAGAGUGUCGACUGCAAGAUCUGUGGAGACAGAGCCUCAGGGUUCCAUUAUGGGGUUCAUGCGUGUGAGGGUUGCAAGGGAUUUUUCCGUCGCACCAUACGGAUGAGAUUGCAGUAUGAACAUUGUGACCGCAACUGUAAGAUCCAAAAGAAAAAUCGGAACAAAUGUCAAUACUGCCGAUUCAAUAAGUGUUUGAGCCUUGGCAUGUCCCACAAUGCCAUCAGAUUUGGUCGGAUGCCGGAGUCAGAGAAGAGGAAGCUAGUGCAGGCACCAGUAUCUGAUUCAGCUGCUCCUGAUUCUCCAGUGUCUGACUUGGAUGUUCUAUCUCAGCUGAUCCACUCUUCCUACAUGAACACUUUUACCAUGACUAAGAAGAGAGCACGGGACAUCCUGACUGGCAGGAACAGUAUCUCGCCCUUUGUCAUACAUGACAUGGAUACCCUGUGGCAAGCAGAGCAAGGGACCGUGUGGGAACAAUUGCCAACCCAAAACCUUACAGGAACAGAGAUUGGAGUUCAUGUAUUUUAUCGUUGCCAAUGCACUUCUGUGGAGACUGUUCGUGCACUUACUGACUUUGCCAAAAGCAUUCCUGGCUUCGGCACACUCUACCUCAAUGACCAGGUCACACUUCUAAAAUAUGGAGUCCAUGAGGCUAUCUUUUGCAUGCUGGCCUCCCUUAUGAACAAAGAUGGGCUGCUAGUUGCUGGAGGGCGUGGAUUUGUUACCCGUGAGUUCCUGCGCAGUCUUCGCCAGCCAUUUUGUCAUAUCAUGGAGCCCAAGUUCCACUUUGCCUCCAAGUUCAAUGCCCUGGAACUUAAUGACAGUGAUCUGGCACUUUUUGUGGCAUCCAUCAUCUUAUGCGGUGAUCGUCCAGGCCUCAUUAAUCCCUCACAGGUAGAGGACAUCCAGGAGGGUAUUCUAGGUGCUCUUAGACGUCAUCUCAAGGCAUCUCACACAGAUGCUCCUUUUCUGUUCCCUAAACUUCUGCACAAGAUGGCUGAUUUGCGUCAGUUAGUGACUGAGCAUGCUGAGCUUGUCCAGAGUAUAAAACGAACAGAAUCCAGCGCGGCUCUACAUCCAUUACUGCAAGAGAUUUACAGAGACAUGUAUUGAUGAUGUUGAAAAUAAGAACCUUAUAAAAGGCAUUAUUCCUUCAAAGCUAUAUAUGUCCACUCAUAAUAUUCAGUUUGACUAUAUCUUGUUUUAUAAACAAUAGACUUAAUGUAUAGUAAUUGCUUUUCUCAAUAUCAUCAGAUUUGCAUUUCAGUUUAACACUAACUUAUAAGGUUAACCUUAACAAUCGCUUCUAAAAAUAAAUCUAAAACAUAUUUUUGUAAAGAAUACAAUUGUACAAGCAUUUCCAUUAUAGUAUGUAUAAUUUAUGUAUGCUUAUAUAAAAUCAUGAAGAAAUAUCCU